AUGGUAAAAACAAAGAAACAAGUGGUUGAAUUAUUAUACAAGAACCGAAAAGAAGAAAAGCAACAGCAGCAGCAGCAAAAUGAUAUUUUAUUUAAACAAACGACUCCUGAAUUUUAUGAUAAUCCAUCAUCUAGUAAAAAUUCUUUUUUACAGUCUAUGUUUAAUUAUUUAACAACAGAAGAAAUAAAAGAAAUGUUGAUUGAUUGUGAAGAUAAAGAGGAAGAAGCUAUUUUACGGAUGAUGACACAAUCUAAUUAUUUGCAGUCUAUACAAGAUAAAAUAAAACAUAGACUUUUCUUAUCUUGUUGUAAAAAUGAAAAACCCAGUGAUGAUACCAUAGCUACAGUACAACAACUGUCACACACUAAGAUAGGAGCUAACAGGCUAUUCAAGAAAGAAAAAACAAAAAGAAAUCCGGUAUUAGUGGUAGAACAAGUUCAGCUAUUCAAUAAUAAAAUAACACAAAAAGUCGAUACGAAUGUCAAUACAACUAAAGUACAGUUAAAAAAAUCAAAAAUGGGUCGUCUGGCAUUAGAUGAUGCACUUCAACAGUUACGUGACACUCAGCAACAGGAUCCCUUCUCGGGUUGGUCAGAAGCAAGAAAGAGGGCCUACAAAAUGAUUGAAAGAAACCCGAAUAGUUAUUAUUAUCGAUUUAAUGCACCAGGAGAACAGCAACGAAAGGGUAAAUGGACUGAAGAAGAAACUAAAUUAUUUAUGCAAAGAUUAUCUGAGAUGGGUGCUAAUUCACAGUGGGGCCUAUUUUCAAUAGCGAUUCCUGGAAGAGUAGGAUAUCAGUGUUCUAAUUAUUAUAGAUUUAUGAUUGAAUCUGGACAAAUUGAAGAUCCCAACUAUAUUUUAGACGAGAAGGGAAAGGCACAUUACUUGUUUGAUAAGAAGACGAAGGAUGGAGGAAUCGAAAAGAUAUUACGCAAGCAUAGUAAACAUGAAAGUAAGAAAAGUAUCGAAAUAUCAACUGUUAAAGCAGUAUCAAAGCAAAAUGAGGAUGAUAAUGAUGAUGAUUACACAUCAAAUAAUAAUAAAAGGACAAUAGCAAAAACCAGUCAAGUUACAAGAAAAGUACAUCCAUUGAUAUUGCCUCGUAUAGCAGAGUUAAAAUAA